ACGGUGGUGAGUGCAGACCAUCAUAUCGAAUUGCAAAAAAUAGGAUUCUCUCUUUUAUACAAAAAUAUCUGAAUCUACUCUCCUCCGUCAAAGUUUGGAUUCUCUCUCCUUCUCCCUUGAGCUUCUCCCCCGCGUUUACGUAGUCCUUAUACACGAAUGAGAUCAUUGUAGAUCGUGAUUGAAGCAAUAGAGAGAAAAAAAAAUUAAGAGAGGAGCGAAGAUGAGCGAAGGCCAGAAGUUCCAGCUGGGAACAAUCGGCGCUUUGAGUUUGUCCGUUGUAUCGUCUGUGUCGAUCGUGAUCUGUAACAAGGCGCUUAUUAGCACCCUUGGCUUCACCUUCGCGACUACUUUGACUAGUUGGCAUCUUCUGGUCACGUUUUGUUCCCUUCAUGUGGCACUAUGGAUGAAGAUGUUUGAACACAAGCCUUUUGAUCCACGAGCUGUGAUGGGGUUUGGGAUAUUGAAUGGGAUCUCCAUUGGAUUAUUGAACCUUAGCCUGGGAUUUAAUUCCGUUGGUUUUUACCAGAUGACAAAACUAGCAAUCAUCCCUUGUACUGUUCUCUUGGAGACACUCUUCUUCAGGAAAAAGUUCAGUCGAAAAAUUCAGUUUUCAUUAAGCAUUCUUCUCCUUGGUGUUGGAAUUGCAACCGUCACAGAUCUUCAGCUUAAUAUGCUGGGUUCUGUCUUGUCGCUGCUGGCUGUUAUCACAACUUGUGUUGCUCAAAUUAUGACAAAUACCAUCCAGAAGAAGUUCAAAGUUUCAUCCACGCAACUUCUUUAUCAGUCUUGUCCUUAUCAAGCAAUUACUCUUUUCGUCACUGGUCCGUUUUUGGAUGGGCUCCUAACCAAUCAGAAUGUGUUUGCCUUCAAGUACACUUCUCAAGUUGUGUUCUUCAUCGUCCUGUCCUGCCUCAUAUCAGUCUCUGUAAACUUCAGCACUUUUUUAGUGAUUGGAAAAACGUCUCCGGUCACAUAUCAGGUUCUGGGACAUCUGAAGACAUGCCUGGUUCUAGCAUUUGGCUAUGUGUUGUUGAAGGACCCAUUCAACUGGCGCAACAUUCUUGGUAUUAUGGUGGCUGUUAUUGGAAUGGUUGUGUAUUCCUAUUUCUGCUCGGUUGAGACUCAGCAGAAGGCAAGUGAAACAUCAACUCAGUUGCCUCAGAUGAAAGAGAGCGAGAAGGAUCCGCUAAUAACAGUUGAAAAUGGAAGCGGAGUGUUAUCAGACGGUGGUGGAGGUGUGCAAAAGACGGCGGCACCUGUAUGGAACUCAAAUAAAGAAUUUUAAGCCUAUAGCUGAACAUCGUUAUAUUUUUUCUAUAUAUAUAUGUUAACUCUCUUUUGCAUCAGCUUUGUCAGAGAGAGAAAAACUUGUUUAAUUUUCCUCUCUUUUGUUUGUUUGUUCUCUUUUACAAUCGCAUAGCAGAGAAGUAGGGGAGACUGAAAAUAUCAACAGCUUUCCACAUCAUAUGGGAAAAGGAAGAAAGCAGAGAAUGAGAGGGGAACACAACUUUGUUAUACAGAGCAGUUUUUGUUUGUUUGUCAUAUUGGAACUAGUCAUACACAACUGUAUCCCAAAAAUGUGGCUACAUUUAUCAAGAUUUGAAAUUUGGAAACAUGUGUUUGAAUUCAGGUUCCUUUACAAGGAUUAUAUACACUCC